AUGGCCAGGGUCGGAGGGCUGGGCGUGUCUGUGUUUCAGGCAGUGCUGAGUGUUGCAUUCCUGAGCCUGGUGUUCUUGGCCGGCUACCUGAUUGGCAGGCAGCAGCAUGCGCUGAACCCGCUCAGCGUGGUGCCGAGUGCGCAAGGUGCUGUGGGUGACGGCAGCAGGAGUAGUGGUGGCAAUCUACAAGUCCCGGCUGCUGCUGGUGGACAACAACAGAUAGUACCCUUUGAUUUGAGGCGAUCCCACGUGAGCGAGCUUGUCUCCAUUGAACCACAGCCGCUGGCGCCGCUCGUGCAUGUACCUGGAGGAGGUACGGGGGCUCAACAACAUCAUCAGAAUCGGACUGGCGAUGGGGCUAGCCUGGUGCAAGCCGAUGCCGGUGCAGUGACGGAACCACCACAGGCCGUGAAACACAAGAAAGUCGCCCAAACGCCGCCUGCUCGCCUCUGCAUCGGCGUACCUUCAGCAUACCGGGAGCAAUCGGAGCUGCUGAAGCAUAUGCAAGAGCUUGUUGAUGAGAGUCGAGGACAGUCGGUGCACAUUAUCCUGCGGCAAGCGUACUCUGCCGCACAGAACGUUGAUGAACGACAAGCGCUCGAGAAGAUGGGCAUCGAGGUUGUGACUGCGACGGGCGACUACCCGGAGCUCCGCGGAGACGACCUCAAGCAGAACUUUGGGGACGCCAUUGAGCGCGUCAGGUGGCGGUCGACGCACGUGCUUGACUUUGCCAACACGCUUGAAUUGUGCUACAACUAUGGCUCCCCACUCAUCCUCAUGAUUGAGGACGACCUCAAGCCGGCGAAGAAUUUCGUUCAGAAACUGCUGAAUGAAGUCGACAAGCUGCCCGACCAACAGUUUGGAUUUAUUACACUCUACAGUGGCAGGGCUGGGCCCCCUGGUGUACGGGAGGUUGCGCCGAUCAAGAGUACGGAGGACUUUUGGUAUGGCGGGCCCGGCCAGCACGGCGCCGUGUCGCUGCUGUUUCGGCGGGAAAUCGUUGGCGAGCUCCUGGCAUUCUUGCGUCAGGACUACAUUGAGCGGCCUGUCGACUGGCUCGUCCCAGGAUUCAUUGCGGACACGAAGAAGCUGAGGCUGUAUGAGGUGGUGCCCAACUUGUUCCAGCACAUGGGCGGCGUGAGCACGUUCAAGCAGAACAAGGACAGAAACAGAAUGCGCUCGCCCUCCUUCAGAUACAACUAG